AUGACGAUUGGCACAGGUAACAUUGGAUUGCGUAGUGGCAAUCGCAGUACAAAAAAUGCAAAAUAUAGCACAAGCAAAAUUCGUUGUAAUCAGUAUGGUAGUGGGACUACAGGUGGAAACUCAAUGCUUGGUGGUCAACCAUUAUGUGGUUUGCCGGGAGGAUCAAAGGGUGAAAUAAAGCAUCGCUUCGAAAUUACUAAAAAACUUGGGUCAGGUACAUAUGGUAAAGUAUCGCUUGCUUAUGAUCACAAAACUGAACGAGAGGUUGCCUUAAAGCUUAUUAAAAAAAGUGCAAUUGAAAAUAAGCAAGAUUUGGUAAUAUAA